GCCCGAUGGCACCUUCAAGGACCUGCAGGACAGACUCAGCUCUGAUGACUCCUUCACCACGUUUUUCAACGAAACAGCCACUGGGAAGCACGUGCCACGGGCUGUCAUGGUGGACUUGGAGCCAACUGUGGUAGAUGAAGUUCGGGCUGGCACCUUCCGGGAGCUUUUUCACCCAGAACAGCUGAUCACUGGAAAGGAGGAUGCAGCCAAUAAUUAUGCCCGUGGCCACUACACCAUUGGCAAGGAAAGCAUUGACAUGGUGCUGGAUCGUGUCCGUAAGCUGACCGAUGCCUGCUCUGGGCUGCAAGGAUUCCUGAUCUUCCACAGCUUUGGUGGCGGUACAGGCUCUGGAUUCACCUCCCUGCUGAUUGAACGCCUCUCUGUGGAUUACGGCAAGAAGUCCAAACUGGAGUUCGCCAUCUACCCGGCCCCUCAGGUCUCCACUGCCGUGGUGGAGCCCUACAACUCCAUCCUGACCACGCACACCACGCUGGAGCACUCGGACUGCGCCUUCAUGGUGGACAACGAGGCCAUCUACGACAUCUGCCGCCGCAACCUGGACAUCGAGCGCCCCACCUACACCAACCUGAACCGCCUCAUCAGCCAGAUCGUGUCCUCCAUCACGGCCUCGCUGCGCUUCGACGGCGCCCUCAACGUGGACCUGACCGAGUUCCAGACCAACCUGGUGCCCUACCCGCGCAUCCACUUCCCGCUGGUGACCUACGCGCCCAUCAUCUCCUGCGAGCGCGCGCACCACGAGCAGCUCUCCGUGGCUGAGAUCACCAACGCCUGCUUUGAGCCCGCCAACCAGAUGGUCAAGUGUGACCCUCGGCACGGCAAGUACAUGGCGUGCUGCCUGCUGUACCGCGGGGACGUGGUGCCCAAGGACGUCAACGUGGCCAUCGCUGCCAUCAAGACCAAGAGAAGCAUCCAGUUUGUCGACUGGUGCCCAACAGGCUUCAAGGUUGGGAUCAACUACCAGCCCCCUACGGUUGUCCCUGGAGGGGACCUGGCGCAGGUGCAGCGGGCAGUGUGCAUGCUGAGCAACACCACGGCCAUCGCCGAGGCCUGGGCGCGGCUGGACCACAAGUUCGACCUGAUGUACGCCAAGAGAGCCUUCGUGCACUGGUACGUGGGAGAAGGCAUGGAGGAGGGAGAGUUUGCAGAGGCCAGGGAGGACCUGGCUGCCCUGGAGAAGGACUAUGAAGAAGUGGGAACUGACUCGUUCGAAGAAGAGAAUGAUGGGGAGUAA